UCCUAUGUAGACGGAAAGACAAUAAAGCCCUGUUCCGUGACCGUGUCCCCUAUCUGAAUGACGGAAAAUCUCAGUUCCUCUGACUCUGCCGGCGAUGGUGGCACAACUGUGAAGGAGUGCCAACGCAUGAUUCAAAACAGUCUCCAGUCUCCAACGGUGAAGUUCUUGAGGGAACACUUAGAGAAAGCUGGGUGUCUUAUAGGAGACAAUUUCAUCAAAGCUGUUAACUGCGAGCAGAAAGUAGCUGGUGGUUACACUCGUGGUGAAGGGAUAGUUGUAUGCAGUAAUGAGACAGAAUCUCAAGAUGAGGUUAACCGAGUGAUAAUUCAUGAGCUAAUUCAUGCAUUUGAUGAUUGUCGUGCUGCAAACUUGAAUUGGACUAAUUGUGCUCACCAUGCUUGUAGUGAGAUACGAGCUGGUCAUCUAAGUGGUGAUUGUCAUUACAAACAGGAACUUUUACGAGGUUUUCUGAAAAUAAAAGGGCAUGAACAAGAAUGUAUCAGAAGAAGAGUUAUGACAUCAUUGUCUGCAAAUCCUUUUUGCUCUAGAGCAGCUGCCAAGGAGUCUAUGGAAGCUGUGUGGGACAUUUGUUACAAUGAUACAGAGCCUUUUGACAGAGCUCCUUAAAACUUGUAUGGUUGUUACUGGCUUUUAGUAUGGCAAUCAUAGGUUCCAUUCUUUGGCUAGGAACUUUUUAAGGUGACCUCAAUUGUGAUUCAAAUUGCAUAACGAAGACUUAUUUAUUUUUAGUUGAGAUCUCUUCAUUUGUUGUAACUCCAGAUGGAAUUUAAAUGUUCACUAUAAUUAUGGCAGUUGUUUUCUGUCUAAAAUUUUCUUUGUUGAUUUAGCCUGGCUUCAAUUCAAUUUGGGAGGAUUGCACUGUUUUAUUUGUAAUGAUGAUUAUAAGUUAGAUAUAUCUCAAAAUUUAUUAUUCGUUCCAAUGAAUAAGUUAAUCUAAGAGUUUAUAGUACAGUAUGAGUAUUUGAGUAUAAAACUAAGUACUCAGAUAUUCAUAUACAAUAUAUAAAAAAUAACGAGGGGUAUUGAGCCGAAAAUACUCUUGGUUUUUUUCCUACCACCAUGUAAACGUGAGACUUUAUUUAAGUUCAAGGACCAUGCGGUCAAGUCAACAUUGCUGUAUUAUUUUUGAAAAAUUGAUACUUCUUUUCCCUAGAAAGAAACAAAAAGUAGACCAAACAUGUCUCUUACACAAACAUACGAUGUCUUCCUUUUACAAAUCAGCGUGAGCCACAUUAACCUAUGACACCUAGUCUUUGUUCU